AUGAAACCUCAAGAAACUCAUUUUUCAAAAAUUUCCAGAAAUGCGUUAUUAACAAUAACAUUAUUAGCCAUAACUUCUCGUCUUCUCACUUGGUUCAUAGCUUUUAUAUCAACUUUAAUUAUUGAUGAUUAUGAUUCAAGUGUAGAUACUAUAUUAUUAACAGAAUCUGAACUUCCAACAUUAAUACAAACCAUUUUUAAUCGAAUAUUUCGAGUGUUUUUGAGAUGGGAUUCUUUCUACUUUUUGCAUAUAGCAGAAGAAGGUUAUGUUUUUGAACAGGCAAAUGCUUUUUUUCCAUUUUAUCCUUUAUUAAUUAGAGGAUUAGGAAAUUCAGUCUUAAUUUCUAAUAUUUCAUUUGUAUUGGCAUCAAUGAAUUUAUACAAACUCAGUAUUAAAUUAUUUCAUGAUGAAAAAUUUGCAUUUAUUACCGCGAUAUUUUACAUAAUAACGCCAUCUUGCGUGUUUAUGUCUGCCAUGUAUACCGAAAGUUUAUUUGCAUAUUUGGGAUUCCUGGGAAUGAUAUUUUAUGUAGAAAAAAAAUAUUGGAAAUCUGCAAUUGUGUGGUCAAUAGCUUCGUUUACUCGAUCAAAUGGUAUAGUUUUUAUAGGAUUUUUCGUUUAUGAAUUGUUGAUCAAAGAAAUUAUGAGAAUGGAUUUGAAGGAACAUUAUUGGAAUUGUGGAUUUUUGAGAUAUUAUGAAAUUAAACAAAUUCCAAAUUUUGUGUUGGCUUCUCCUAUGAUAAUUUUAUCAUUAUUCGGAAUUUAUAAAUAUGCAAGAUAUGAUUUGAAAAGAAUAUUAAGCUUAAAUUUAAUUUCGGGAAAUCUAGAUUGUUCUCCUUAUUUUUCAACUUCAAUAUUACCAUUUAUAUACCUUUGGGCAAUAUUACUUUUAUAUGUAAUAACUUCAAUGCAUAUUCAAGUAAUAACUAGAUUUUUUUCUUCACAACCAACUGUAUAUUGGUUUGCAAGUCAUCUCUUUAUUAAUUCUUUGACAAAGAAUUAUAAAAAAGUUGACGAUGAAAGUUCUAUUUGUACAUCAUGUUUAAAAAAGAAGAAAAUGAAUGUUGGAAUUUAUUCAAAAGAAGAAGGUAAUUACGAAACGGGAGAUGAAAAAGGUGAAAAGGAAAAUAGUAAUAAUUGUAAUAAAUUUGAAGGUGGAGAUGUCAGGUGUUUAAAAAAUGAAAGAUGUUCAAUAUGUUUGAAUGAAAGAGAAGAUAAACAUGAUGAAGAAGAAUCUGAUCGAAGUUCAGUUUGUAUUAUAGGAUUAUCAACACCUGCAAGAGAAUUUAUCGAAUCUAUCGAAUCACGCUCUAUGGAUGAAAUAUCAUUCUUGUGGAAUCCAUGUC